AUGAGGAAAACACAAGAUUACUCAGGGAUCAAGCAACUGGACAAAUCAAGCUGCAAACUGGAGACUUCAGGAGAUGUCAUCUUUUCAAGUGAUGAGGCCAACCAAUUCUGCAGCGAUGAAAAGACCACCCAAUGUGAAGUAACGGCAAGUGAAGGGAGAGUUAAACAAACAAAGGACUCAUCAGUUUUAACAGAUGUUUGCAACGAGGAUAACCUACCAGAGGUGGAGAUACUGAGUCUGAUAGAGGAGCAGAUACCGCGGUACCGCCUCCGCGCAGACACCAUCACUGACUUCACUGGUUAUGGGCACCGGGACUGGAUCCAGACCCCCGUGUUACCCCCCAUUGAUGAUUGCGACCUCACCCCCGAACUCGUGGAGGAGACUCUGAAAUAUUUCAUACUCUGUGCUGAUAGGGUGACACAGAUGACCAAGACGUACAAUGACAUAGAGGCAGUUACUCGAUUACUUGAAGAAAAAGAGCGUGACCUUGAACUUGCAGCCAAGAUCGGCCAGACAUUACUAGAGAAGAACAAACACUUUGAGGAGAAGAAUGAGCAUCUGGAGGAGCUGGUGGCACAGGCUAACGAGCGCAUCAACCAACUCAGGCAUGACCUGUGCAUGAAGGAAGAGCUACUGCGGAUCUACUCGCAGACCUAUGACGGCGCGGAUGGCUCCUCCACGCCUGGCAGUUCCACCCCGGAGGAUGCCUGCCUCCCGGUGCUGCAGAAGAAGGUCAAGACACUCGAGGAGGAGAACCUGCAGCUCCAUCUCGAGACAACAAAGUUGAAAUCUGCAACAGACGGUUUGGAAGAUCGCGAACAUAAGCUGGUCUCCGACUGUGUCCAGCAGUUGGAGGAGGUUCACCAACAGCUGGCCCAGUUUGCCAAGGAGCUCACAGAGAAGACAGAGGAAUGUGCGGAACAGAAGGACGAGAUUUCAAACCUGCUACACCAGAUCAUAGCCCUGCAGAAACGCAUAAGAACUCUUACUGCUGAAAACAUGGAUCUGCAUAAAACCCUGGAGGCAGCACAUGAUUCCCAGAACUACCUCACAAGGGAGAUUGCCGACUUGAAGGAGAAGAAUGAAGAGUUAUUGGCCUUACUGGAAGAGACCCAGGAAGAACUUCGCAAGUUCAGAAGUCGUGAGCGUCCGUCUGUUGUGCGUAAUGGGUUCAUGUCAUCAUCGCUUCACAACUCUACAGGGGAAUCCCUGGCCUCUGAGCUCGAGAACUCCCUGCGUAGUGAGGUUGACUACCCCAAAGGGUACUCUCCCAUGGAGAGAAGGAAGCACACCUGGAAAGUAUUUGAGACGGCCAAGGCUGUGAGGUCGGCAUGCAGGCAGUCCUCUGCAAGUGCAAGCCUCCUAGGAGCCGAGGCUGAGGAUUCUCGCUCUGUGUCGAAUAGAAGCUCCAUGUACUUCAGUGACAACGAGUCUGGGGUCUCCGAUCUGCAUGCCAGUGACAUGGAGUCACUGCACGGUGGCAACAAGCGUCUGGGUGUCCAGGGUGGCAAUGAUCUGCAGAUGGCACUGAGGAGACUAUCGCUAAGGAGAGCUAACGAACUCAAUGAGAUAGAUUAUGCCAAACAACAGAAGGAACGAGAACAAUUGAGAGAAAGGGUGAACAGUGAUGUGAUGGAGAGGUCGGACACCGAGUCCACAACCCCAGGGCGCUGUCCCAGCCCCGACAGUCAGGUCUCAGCCAACAGUGGCUAUCUCUCCAUGACUGGCAGUGGCCACUACUACAAGAUGCCAGAGAAACUGCGUAUAGUGAAGCCCCUCGAAGGUUCUGUAACUCUCCGCAAGUGGCAGAUGUUGGCCACUCCACACCUGGGGGCAAUAUUCGAGUCGAGACCGGGUGUCCACAUCAAGGGAGAGAAGAAGAUCCCCGAGUCUGAGCCUGAGGUCUACACACUCUCAGAUUAUGAGGAGGAUGAUGACCUUGGUGCUAUUCCCAAUCGGUUCCAAGAGAGCCAGGGCGUCUUCACUUUCACUGACUCGCGUGUCGCGCACCCUUCAGAGUCUUCCAGAGAGGAAAGUUAUGCAGGUUCCGAUACAGGGUCAAUCAGCACAGUUGUUGAUGAUGAUGAUAUUGAUGAUGACAUAGUGACCCCUUGCACAUCGUCCACAGCACCGAGAAUGGCGAUAUGCACGCAGACAGCUGCCAUGGGAACCAGCACCUACAGCAUGUCUCUGGGCCUGGCCUCCAUUCUCAACGAGCGAGACAUCAAACCUGACGAGGACCAUUCACGCAGCUCUUCACCGCUGCAUCGACCUGUCAGCUCGAAUCCCAGUCGAUUCCCCAGCAUUGUGUCUGACCGACUUUUCGUACCUGUGGGGAAUUUGACUCCCGCUACUACUUUGACCCUUACUACGAAUAACUACCGGUUGAUCCCGUCACCUUCAUCUUCGACCCCAAGGUCAAGUACAGGUCAAGGUGACAGGUCAUAUCUAGGUCAAGGUGGCAGGUCAUAUCUAGGUCAAGGUGACAGGUCAUAUCUAGGUCAAGGUCAUGAUAGUGGAACCAAUAUUGACCAGCAAUUAAAGAGUCUUAACAGCAUGAACUCAGCGAGUGUAAGUUCCAGUUCGAACACGUCUUCUUGGGUGUCAGCAAUAGCUGGUCACAUGCCAGGAUCAGUACAGGGCUUGGGGCGGGGGUUAAUGGUGGUCGGGCAGCCAUCGUCUUCGCCCGUAGUCUCAGGGGAAACUAAUCCCCUGGGGGUGAUUAACAAACUGAAAAACACUGGGUUUUCUCUGUAUGGCUUCAUUACUGGUGUAACGCCAAGCUGUAGUGAUAACGAUAAAACUGGAGGCACACACAACGCACAAAUCUCACAAAACUCGGACAAUCUCCGUCCCAAUUCUCUGCCCUUGCCGCAGUCGACCUCGUUGCCAAACUUGACCUUGUCAACCUCAAGCUCAUCGUGGUCCACUUCUGUUGCCAUGGCAGCAAGUGGGUCCGGCGCAACAAACAACUGCUCCUCGACGAGUUCGGUGCAGGAGAAGGGGAAGAAGUCGCAGCUAGGAUCGUUGUUAUCCUCGCGGACUGCUGGUGGAGUUUUAGGGGCCUUAGCAAAGUUGCACAGGGACUCAAGCUUGUAAAGAUCAGUUCAAACAAACUUAUUGCAACACGUGGGACUUGAGUCUGUGAAAUUUUCCUUAUGUUAAAACUGAUUUAACUAUUCACAUAGGACUCCAGUGUGUUAAAUGUCUAUGUUUAAACCGAUUUGAAGCUUCACACAGGGCUUUGAAGGCCUUGUUCAGACAAAGAUGGAAUCUUUAGGCCUUAAUCUCUUACAGAAGUUCAGUCAUCAUUUGAAAUAGUUGUAUACAUUUAAAUCUUGCCAUGAACGAGUUGAACAGGGUUUUGAGUCUAUGAAAUGUAUUUUUCAGACUGAUUUAAUGUGAAAUCUGCUAACUGUUUUCCUGAACAUGCAUUCUUGUGAAAAAUCAGAACUAGGUGUACACUGUAACUCCAAUAUAUCGCGGUCCAUUAGAUCGUGAUGUCCGCUAUAAAUAAUGUAUGCAGAUUUUGAACUUUCUUUAAUCAGGUUUUCACAGAAUAGCUUCAUUUAGUUGGUGCAAGUAUUUAAAUUCAUUGGACAUGUACACUCAGUUAUCUCUCAUAUAUUCUGUUAUAUACGGUUAUAUGCUUAUGUGUCAUUGCCUCAUUGGUUUAACCCAUUUAUGCCUAGCAUCUAGAAAAAAGGCCUUAGCAAACAGCGUAGACCCAGAUGAGAUGCCGCAUGAUGCGGCGUCUCAUCAGGGUCUGUGCUGUUUGCUUAAAUGAAUUUCUGUAAGAAAUAUUCUAAAUAUAGAAAUAAAUAUACUAGACAUCCCUAAUUUUUUAAAUAAAUUAUCCAAUUUAGAAGGAUGGGAGAGUCCACUAGGCAUAAAUUGGUUAAUGUGAAUAUAAUUAUUCACAUAAUUAAAGACUGAGAAGUUCUGAGUAAUUUUAGAUAGCAAAAUGUAUGCACUGUAGCCAGCUGGCAUUCGGGUUAAAGUUAAAUGAGGGUUGGUUCAUGCCUGUAUAUCAGAAUGUCUUCAAAAGCAUCAAUUAACAAGAUAGUUUUAUUUUCCAAUAGUUCAUUACAAGCAUUUAUUAUGUUGUUGUUUUUAAAGCAAGAAUGCUUUUAAUGUGGCAAGAAGUUCUCUCAUUUAAAAUUCAAACUUAUUAUUGAUGCUUUCAAAAUUGCAUAAUUAUGUGCUAAGUAAUUGGUUUGUUCAUAAAAGUAUAUAAACAUGUGUUUUCUACAUGUAUGCCAACAUGUUUUACAUCUGCAUAUGUGAAGAUUUUAAUAGUUUUGUACACUGUUGAAAACAGAAAAAAAGUUAAGUAAAUAGAUGUAAAUCCAAAAUGCUUUGUUUGUAAAAGAUUUUAACAAAAGCCAUCAUUUUGCAAUUACAAAUAAUUUCUGCUGAAAGCAAAUAGUCAGCAAAGCACAAAUUCACUUAUUUCAAUAUUUUGUUGUUUGUGUUUUUUUUUCCACAAAACCCAUUCAAAGGACAUUUUCUCAGUAUGGUAGUGUUAGUGUGUUAGAUUUCGCUCAAAAAAGUACUGGGGUUGAAUCCCCAAAAAGGUAAAAAAUACUUUUUUUUCUUGCUAUUACAAUAACCUGCAGCUUCUAUAAGAAGUGAGUAAAUACAUUUGGGGGUACAAAAUUAAAAAUCUAAACAAGUCCCUUUUAUACUGAAAUAAAGACUUUUAUAGUAUUUUCUUAUACUCCUGUGAUAUGUUAAUUGCUCUUAUGUUAAUAUAAACUUAAAAAUGCUUGAAAAACAGGUUAACAAAGUCAAAUGUAUACUAUAUUUUCUAGUAGUUGCUUUGCAUACAAGAGUGAUGAAUGAUGUGGAAUAAAAGACAUAUGUUUCAAUUUUAGAUAUUUAAGGACAUAAAUUUGUAUGAUGUUAUUGUUAGUAUUAUUUUAAUUUUGAACAUAUUAAAUUAUUUAUUUUGAUUGUGUACAUAUUUUGAAACAUAUUUAAUAUAUAGUGUUUUAGAUUUAAAAAAGGACUAUAUGUGAUAUAUGUAUACAAAUUACAAAGAGAGUAGUGCUUUUAAAGAUAGGUUCUAGCAAUCUAUUUUUAUUACUUUCUACAUUAUGAAAGAAUUGAAGUUGUUUUUUUUGUUUUUUCUUGCCUUGUUUUUAAAUAAAUAGAACUUUGGUGGGCUUUGUUGUUAUUUUUAACCAUAUAACAAGGCCAAUUCAAUACUACAAAAUUCAAAAUAUUUGCUGUAAGUAAUGAAAAUGUGUUAUUAUUUAGCACGUGAAACAUUUAGGAGUUUAUUCUACAUUUACUGGUCGUUUAUAAAAUUAAUGCUAUAGCAUUAAGUGUUAAAUGGUUUCAAACUUAUUUAGUAGUCAAUUUUAUAUUUAAAUUAAUAUCAAUUCUGGCUAAAUGCCCCAAAAAACAUCAAAAUGGAUUAGCAGUAUUUUACAAACAAGGCAAAAAUUAAAAAAACACAAAGUUUCAAUAUUAGAAAAAAGCAUUUGAUUAAUGCUCUUAAGUUGAAGUAUAAUGUAUGCAUUUGUAUAGCAUUUGUUUUUGUACAUGUGUGCAUUUGUUAAGUGUUCAUUUUUUAUGAGUUCAUUUCAGGGCUUUCAUUUUUUCUGUAUUGUCUUCCUUGUUAGUUUUCCUUUUUUGUCUCAUUCACUAUGUUGUUAAAUAUCCAUGUGAUCAUAAGUUGCUUACAAAUAGCAAAUGUUGCCUGGAAAUAUUUCUUUUUCCUAGUAACUAAGUUAGAAUUCAAAGUUUGGUACAAAACUUAAGAUAAAAAAACACAUAGCUAGGGGAGAGUUAACAUAUUUGUAUAAUCAAUACUUAACAAUCUGCAAAUUUAGUUGUCUUAAUAGUUGUGACAAUAAUCAAAUAUACAAGUAAAUAUUGUCAUUCUGAAAAUCUUUUCCCUAAAAAGCUCAUGUUUAGCAUAAUUAUUCGGAGAAACGAACAAUAUUCAAUGCUUUGGGUUGCUCACAUGUUUACAUAAUAAGCAGAUUCUCCAACUCACUUUUUCAUUGAAUUGAUAUAUUAUCAUUGUGAAAAUUCUCAUAGCAUGAUUCGGGGGAACAAAAGGUUGUAUCAUAUUGCAUCGUAAUAUAAGCUGGUGCUAUAUACUUCUUAUAUAGAGCUAUUAACCUCACAGAUAUACAUGUAAUCAUGUCUUAUUCUAAAUUCAUAACUUUCACAUACUUCACAUAGCAUUAACUGCAUUUAAUAAACUAGAAGUGGGAAAGGUUAAUAGUAUAUAGUUGGACCAAAUUACGUAUCAUAGAUGCUGUUUUUUGUUUUGUCGAGCCUACUGCUUGUAUUGAUCCGAUCUUUUAUGUAAUGACUAUCUCAUUUUAAGCUGUAGAUUACACGCCUUUUGUACUCUAAACAGUUUAUGAUUUUUCGCAUUUUACCUGUUUACAAAAUAAACUGCUGGAAUGUCAUGUUGAAACAAAGAUUACUCAACAGUUAAACAAAAACUUUCUUUAUACCCCCACAAACGAAGUUUAGGGGGGUAUAUAGGAGUGAACUUGUCUGUCGGUCGGUCUGUCUGUCGGUCCGUAUUAAGUGUCCACUCUCUAAUUCAAGUAGUUUUGAUCCGAUCUUCACCUAACUUGGUCAGAAGUUGUACCUACAUGAUGUCUAGGCCAAGUUCGAACAUGGGCCUUGCCGGGUCAAAAACUGGUCACGGGGUCACUUAGUGCGUUUUAAACAUUCAACAUGUUGUCCGCUCUCUAAUUCAAGUAGUUUUCAUCCGAUCUUCACCAAACUUGGUCAGAAGUUGUAUCUCGAUGAUCUUAAGGCCAAGUUCGAACAUGGGCCUUGCCGGGUCAAAAACUAGGUCACGGGUUCACUUAGUAUGUUUAACACAUUGAGCAUGGUGUCCUCUCUCUUAUUCAAGUAGUUUUCAUCUGAUCUUCACCAAACUUGGUCAGAAAUUUUAUCUAGAUGAUCUGAAGGCCAAGUUCGAACAUGGGCCAUGCCAAAUCAAAAACUAGGUCACAGAGUCACUUAGUUUGUUUUACACAUUGAGCAUGGUGUCCGCUCUCUAUUUCAAGUAGUUUAAAUCCGAUCUUCACCACACUUGGUCAGAAGUUGUAACUAGAUGAUGUGUAGGCCAAGUUCGAACAUGGGCCAUGCCGGGUCAAAAACUAGAUCACGGGGUCACUUUGUGUGUUUUAAACCUCACCAUAUUGUCCGCUCUCUAAUUCAAGUAGUUUUUAUCCAAUCUUCACCAAAAUUGUUCAGAAGUUGUAUCUUGAUAAUGUCUAGGGCAAGUUUGAAUAAAGGUCAUGUCGGGUCAAAAACAAGGUCACUGGGUCACUUAGUGCGUUUUAAACAUCACAAUGUUGUCCGCUCUCUAAUUCAAGUAGUUUUCAUCCAAUCUUCACCAAACUUGGUCAGAAGUUGUAUCUAGAUGAUGUCUAUGUCAAGUUUGAAUAUGGGUCAUGCUGGGUAAAAAACUAGGUCAUGGGGUAUCUAAGUGCGUUUUAACCUCACCAUGUUGUCCGCUCUCUAAUUCAAGUAGUUUUCAUCCAAUCCUCACCAAACUUGGUCACAAGUUUUAUCUAAAUGAUCUCUAGGACAAGUUUGAACAUGGGCCAUUCCGGGCCUAAAACUAGGUCACAGGGUCACUGAGUGUGUUUUUUAACAUUCAGCAUGGUGUCUGCUCUCUAAUUCAAGUAGUUUACAUCCGAUCUUCACCAAACUUGGUCAGAAGUUUUAUGGAGAUAAUCUUAAGGCCAAGUUAGAACAUGGGCCUUUCUGGGUCAAAAACUAGGUCAAUGGGUCACUUAGUGCUUUUUAAAAAUUGAGCAUGUCCGCUUUUUUUGUGAAGACGACAUGCAAAUAUUAUGUGUCAAUGCGGCAUGUGGGGGUAUUCGUCACGUCUGGUUUUAAGCUGGAGAUUACGCGCCUUUUGUACUGUUUAUGAUUUAACCUGUUUAUGAAAUAAACUGCUGGAAUGUCAUUUUGAAACAAAGAUUACUCAACAUUUAAACAAAAACUUUUUUUUUCGGGGGGGAAUUUGUGAAACCAUGUGUAAAUUGUAAACUGCAAAAGCAAGCUGUUUUUAAAAAGUAUGUCAUUUUAAUUAUUACCAGUACUUAUUUAUGUUCAUGUUUUCUUUUAUUAAUUUCGAUGACCAAUCGCUCGGGCAAAUAGAUUUUUUUAUCCUUCAUGCUGUUAUUCCACAAGUUUAUAUAUUACUACAGUAUUCCUGUACACUUAAACAUCGAUUUUAGCACAGCAGGGCCGCUGUUCAUUAAGAAAAUAAAAUUGUAUGUACAGUACCUUCACAUCUCAAGUCUUAAUCAUGACAAAAGAAAGAAAUUAGUGUCAUUUACUGUAAAUAUGAAUAUUUGUAUCUGACUUUAUUUUUAUUUUCACAUAAGAUCAAUGACCCGUUAAUUUUCCCAAACUAUAUCAAGAAAUAGAUGGCGCUAUUGUGUAACAAAUUUGCAUCUUCUUACAAUUUUCCAUCUCUAUCAUCCUUUAACUAUACUACCAUUAUUCUGUGUGUGUGUAGAAGGGAAUCCCCUAGCUUGUGUUGUUGCUUUUAGGUAUGUUUUUGUACCCUAAUGUUUUUAGAUAACCAGGAUAUUGUUAUCCCAAAACACAAUAAACUUUGAAAAGUU